UGUGCCACUUUCAGGUCUCCUCACACUGCUGUGUGUUUUCCAUUUUUUGUCAUAGUGGGGUGCUGGCAGAUUACGGGCCUCCCAUUGCUGCUGCCAAGGUCCCGUAAUCUGCCAUGGGCCCCUGUACCGCUCUCCUCAUGCUGCUGCCAGGUCCACAGUGUGUCAUGGGUCCCUGUACGGCCUCCCAUUGCUGCUGUCUCCAUCGCCACACUCUGCCAUGUGCCACUUUCAGGUCUCCUCACAAUGCUGGUGGGUUCCAUUUUUGUCAUAGGGUGCUGUAUGGCCUCCCAUUGCUGCUGCCUCCACCGCCACACUGUGGCUCCACACUCUGGUUUUGGCCCCGUGACUGCCCAAAUGAGUGAAGUGUGCGGUGAUUCUAAGAUCGACGGCACUCAUCUGCAUGUCAUACUGACUGACAGUAUUAUUUCUCUUCCCCAGCAGACUCCAAGGGCAUUUAAAUUAAAGGUACAGUGUUCUGCACUAAUAUGA